UUUUCCACCUCUCAUAAAACCCAACUCUGUAUGAAAAAUAGAAAGUCGAUAUUUGCUGGGAAACUUCCAAAGUCAAAGUUCAAACGUGUCUCCUAACAUUGUUUGACUUUUCCUCCUCAAUCUCUCUCUUGUCCUAUAAAUAUAUUCUGAAAUCUAAAAGCCGCCAGAAGCAGAAAACAUGGCAUCUCAGGAGGCAAGGCCAUUGGUGAUGGAAGAUUUGGAUGAAGCCAGCAGCAGUGGAUGUGGGUGUGGUUGGUUCAGAGGUUUUGAGUUGAAGAAAUGGUGGGGAGAAGGUGAUGAAGAGGGUAAAGGGCUACUUGACGAACAAAGUGGGGAGGGAGAGUCAUGGUUGGUGGAGAAGCUAAGGAAGGCAAAGGAGGCUUCAGAAGUGAUUGCCGGUCCCAAGUGGAAGACUUUGAUAAGAAAGAUAAGUGGGUAUGGGAAGAAGAUGAAGCAGCAAAGAAAGAGAUUCCAGUAUGAUGAACACAGCUACAAUCUCAACUUCAAUAGUGGCGCUCAGAGUGAAGAUGAAGCCAUGCCUUACAGCUUCUCAGCAAGGUUUGCUGCUCCAGGACGUCGCCAAAACGAAUCAUGAUGCAUCUACUGUUAUUGCCUAAACUUUCUUUACAUGAAUAUUCAUAUGUUCUUAAUCUUGUAAUUAUCAUUCAUCGUGUGAAGAUCGUGUAAUCGUUCUUUUCCCACUUAAUAAAAUUCCGAUUUUAGUUUGCUAAACUUUUCUGAAUGGCAAUGAAAAGAAAAGUAGUGGCAAAAAAAAAAAAAAGUUUGGUUUGAACAAUGAAUGGAAGAAAAGGAUUUGGAUUCUUCACGCAAAGUCACACAUAGAUUCCAGAAGGUAUAUACGCGUUCCAAAUAAUUUAUACUUUUCCUUUGGUUUAUGUAUGCCAAAUCCUUUUCAUUCGUAAUUCCUAUUGUUCAAGAAAAGCAAUUGGAAAGUUGUCCCCUCUCCUGCAACUUGCAUGCCUUUAAUUUUUAUUUAUACUAACACAGACCUCAUCAACACGGAACUUACUCUGUGUCAGUAUUUUUUAAAUUUUAUACAAAAUCUG